AGACGUGCGAGGCGCUCAGUCUCUAGGCAGCCUCCGCCCGUGUCGUGUUGUUCUUUCCGUUUUCUUAGUCUAGUGUUUCAAGCUUUAAUUUCUCUCUCGAUAUCGCGAACCCUUCCGUAUCCCUUUUUCCGUCCCGCCGUAUCGUCGCAUACCUUGCGCGCGUGUACAUCACCCGCACAAAAAUCGCUGUGUACCCUCUCUCACCGGGCCGUUCUGUGUUCGUCGUUCUCUCCUCCCUCGGCCCGCCACCUCCUCUCCCACCACCACCCUCACGCUCUCGUUCUCCCUUCGUGUCUUCGAGUCUCUACCGAAAUCACCAGCCACCGCCGUGUUCGAUGUCGAUACGCGACCGUCGCUCGUCGUCACCAAGUGCACCGAGGACGGUGGUCAGGCGGUGUGCAUAAAUGCCGGUUUACGAGCGCUCGCGUCGUACUUUACUUUCAUUGAUUUCCCCUUCUGUUCCGGGCGGUGGUGCGAGAGCAGUAGCGUGAUAACAGUGCACAUUAGCGAAGGUGAGAGCGGUGUAAAACGUAGGGAGCCGGAGGCGGAGGCUCGCGCGAGGGGGCUGACCGCUCGCACGGUGCUCGGUUUCGCGUGCGACACACAGGCAGAGGAGUGAUAGGCACACUCGGGAAGAGAAGGGCAAAGGGGAGAUAACGGAGAAGAAAGUAACAGAUUUCGUACAUAGUUAGGGACGACUCAUUAGAGGAUUGCAAUGAUGGCGAACGGAAUGGACACAGUCGUACAACAAAAUGGAGGAUCCACUCUCGGACAGACCUCGCAGGAGGAAUCAAAGACGAAUCUCAUAGUAAACUAUUUGCCGCAGAGCAUGACACAGGAUGAGAUUCGUUCUCUGUUCUCCAGUAUAGGCGAAGUCGAGAGCUGCAAGCUAAUCCGUGAUAAGCUCAGCGGUCAGAGUUUGGGUUAUGGUUUUGUUAACUAUCACCGGCCUGAAGAUGCCGAAAAGGCUAUAAACACGCUCAAUGGUCUUCGUUUACAGAACAAAACCAUCAAGGUGUCGUACGCGAGACCGAGCAGCGAGGCGAUCAAAGGCGCAAAUCUGUACGUCAGCGGCUUGCCGAAAAAUAUGGCGCAGCAAGAUCUGGAGAAUCUGUUCAGUCCUUACGGCAGAAUUAUCACGUCGCGGAUAUUGUGCGACAACAUCACCGCACUGGCAAGGCCAUGCUUGCCAUUAACAAAGGCUUACAGAGAUGCGAAUACUUUGAAAUGUGAAGAGAAACCGGAUGCAGAUACUCUCAUGUAAAUAUGUGUACAUACGCUUGAUGAACAACGAGACGAAUUUACAUGCAAGCAACGUGAUGUCACUCCCUUCAUUCCCUCAUCCUUAUAGGUUCCAUUGUUUCUUUUUUUUUCUUUUUUUUUUUCGGCUUCUCCACACACCGACACACACGCGUAUACACUUUUAACGGAGUUAAAUCGCAGGCAGUCACACCCGUUGCACAUAUUUCUGCAUACACGUAAAGAUACACGACACGCAUCACACGUUUACUCUCUCUUUACGCGGUGUAACGUACAAUGUACGUGACGAAUGCAUACGUAAUUACUGUGGCCUCGGCAUUAUACUGAGUACUCACCGAGAUGUGCCCUGUUUUAACGCGGCUUGUGACGUCAAGUAGGUACGUAGAUAUUUUUACAACUGUAAAUAUCCCCCUCACUUGUAUAAGUGUCCUCGUAUGGGACGUGUACUUUUCCAUUCCUGUGUUCUAAAAUCUUAAUCUGUCUGUGGCAAGAAGAGAAACAGAAUUCUGUCGCACAUUUAAGAAAUUAACGUUAACGUCCACCGUAGAGAACGGCCAUUCGUGAAGAUUGGCUUGCGCGUUUCA